AGACUCAGAAGGCCGCCAUAUUUCGUAAGGCAGCUCUCUCCAGGCGGAGGGAGGACUGUCGGUGCUCAGAAUCGGGGCUGGCUCCCCGGGCCGGCGACCCGUCGUGCCGCACAUGCGCAGGUGGGGGUCAUCCAACCCCCUUCUACAGACUGGAAGAAACCGAGGUACUGGAGGAAGUGAGGAGGGAACUCGGCUAAGGUGACAGCGCUGGGAUUCAGGCCCUGCUCUCAGUUGCCAAGUCGGAGGUGCUUUCCAUGAUGGAACAGUGUUCUCGACUAGGGUUUGAAUCCCGAGUCUGCAAUUGAUAAGCUGUGGGACGGUGGAAACUGAGACCAGAGAACUGGUCACCAGCCUACACACAGAUGGAUUUCCCUGACAAUCUCUUUCCCACGUUCUUUUUGCCUGGCCCCCCUGGCCUGAGUGAUUCCCCCGGCUCCUAUCUGGCCCCUGCUUGGAGUGACUAUACGCAGCUGCUGAAGCCGCCCCAGACCCAGCAUCCAUCGGUUAACCCACAGCAUGAGGCAUCUUAUGUGACGAAGUGGGGAAGAUGGAGGUCUGACACUCCUGGGCCCCUGCCCUUCCUGCGCCCCGGGGCUGACCCCUGGGACCCUGAUCUGACCUCCCGAGAUCUGCUCUUCCAGGGGAGACUGAGGCAUCCAUUUGGGGCCAAAGCGACGAUAGAUGUUAUAGAUCAGCUCAACCAGUUCUUGAGGGAUCACGGGGACAUUGCCUUCGGGCCCCUAGGAAAGCUGCUGCAGGAGAAUUUUAACCUGGGAGAACCAAAGAAAUCCCGCAAGGGCAGGACGGUGAUGAAUGCGGAACGGUUGCUCCAGGACCUCAGUGGACACCAACCCAAGGGGUGCCCCUGGGCCCACCUGAGCGCCCGUCAGCGACGAUUCUCCCUCCUGGGGGGCACAGUGCUGGGUGAGGAAGUGGAAGGUCUGCUUGGGGGGCUGCUGCAUGAGGAGCUGGAGACCCGCUGGAAGGAGCUGCUGCUGGAUGAAGCCUCUACAGGUGGGGCUCUCGCUUGGGUCCCAGGGGCCAAACCCCACGUUGGGCAGCUGGUCUACCCCACCGGGCGAGCCUACAACCAGCUGAACUUCCAGAAGGUAAAACUGUCCCCCACCAGCGAGCCUCAGGCCCUUGGGGACCCAACUCGCAUCUUGCUCCAGGGACCAGUCCGGCAGGUGGUGACCCGCACGGUCCAGGAGGAAGCUCUGGUGGCUGUCCGCUCUGAUCAUCACUGUGCUGUGUGGCAGGUCAGUCGUCAAGGGCAUCCCGAGCCCCUGCAGGUGCUGAGUACAGAGAAGGGAGCCACAGGGAUCAGCCUCAGCCCUCAUCUUCCCGGAGAGCUGGCAGUCUGCAGUCGCUCAGGAGCUGUGUGUCUGUGGAGCCCCCAGGAUGGGCUGCAGCAAAUACACAAGGACCCUGAGACCCUUGUCUUUAAGGACCCCUCUUCGUGGCGCUGGGCAGACUUCACCGCUCACCCCCGGAUGCUGACUGUCGCUGACCGCACUGGAGUCAGACUCACAGAUGUUCGGGGUCCCUCAGACUGUGGUGAGCUCCUUUUUCGUGUAGGGGCUGAAGCCUCAUGUCAACAAGGGGAGCGGAUCUUACUGGCUCAGUACUUGGGGACGUCCAGUCCUCUCUCCCUGAGUCCCACCCUUCAUCUCAUCUGUACACAGUUCUCUCUCUACCUGCUGGACGAGCGUUUGCCUCUUGUACCAAUGAUGAAGUGGACCCACUCGCUCAUGUCUCCUCCGCUGCUGGCUCAGCUCCUGCCCCCACCUCGUCCCGGGGCGCCUCUUCCCUUGCUGCUCGGAGGACGUGGGGGCCAUCUGCGCAUGCUGCAUCUCUCAGGAGGGUCCGGUUGCAGCCCUCAGCUGGUGGCACCACCUCAGUCACUGCCUUUGCUUAGCGACUCACUCCCUGGCUUUCCUGUCCUCGAGCCACAUGGUCAGCAGCUGCUGCAGGACCGUCUCAAGGCUCCCCUCACAGGCUUGACUGCUGUUGUACCACCUAGUUGUCCCAGUCCCACCAUGCUGCUGUUCCAGCUCUCAGCCGCCGGAGACGUUUUUUAUCAGCGCCUCUGGCUCCGGCCAGACACCGCUGCCAAAAAUGCUGACUCUCUCCAAAAGAGUAACUCUUCCGCUGACCAUGCUGAUGACCCAGACCUCGAUUCUCAUGACCAGACCUCUGCUACACCGUCCUUGGACGCAGCUCCUGACCCCGGUGCUGUUUCCUGGAAUCCCCGGGCUGCUGCGUGCUGCCGCCGUUGGUUGAAGACCCUGCUACGGGUUCCCCCAGCUCUCCCCUCUUGGACGCCCCCUACUUUCUCCCAACACUAUCUCCGAUGGUUGAGGGAGGAAGACAGAGGUAAGGUCCGAGAGGGCCUCCAGGCCGCCAUGACUGAAGGCCGGCUGCUGCAACAAGGGGACCUGGGCCCCCUCCCUCCCUCAGACCCUCCCCCUGCACAUGAGCCCUUUGGUCCUGAGGACAAGUUGACUGAACGUUUGGAAGCCUCCUGGGAGGGGAAGGGAGCCAUUUGGUGGGAGAGCCAGCAAGGCGGUAGCCAGGUGCCUCGAAAGCGGCCGUCACGGGAGAAGAGGCGGACCCAGCUCUCCAGCUCUUUCUCCUCGGUCAGAACCACCUCUGACUUCUCUGACAUCGACAGUCGCCAUGAGACUCCUAGCCCCCUCCACAGGAUGUCUGAAGCUUCUCAAUCUCUGGAGCUGUCUCAGGAGCCGUGGGCCCGGAGUGUACCCCGUGAGCGGCGACAGACACUUCGAGACUAUCUUGCGGUCCUCCCUUCUGUAGACUCAGGAAGCUGCUCUACCCCCCAGUCCCAGAAUCCAAGCAGCCAGACCUUCCUCAGCUCUGAGCCGGGGAGGUGCUCAGUGCCACGCUCCCAGAAUCCAACGACCCGGACCCUCCUUUCUCCCCACCCAGGGAGCUCCUCUGCCCUCUGCUCUCAAAACCCAAAUAGUCAGAGCCUCUUCUCCCCUGACCCAGGGUUCAGCUCUGUAUUCCACUCCCAGAGUUCAAGCAUCCAGAGCCUUCCCUCUCGACACACUCCUUCCCUUGCAGGCUCACAACCACUCAAGAAAAAACCCCGCAUGGGCUUCUAAGGACUUUUGUGGAUCCUAGGAUCCCCAGAAAUCCCUGGACUUCCUAGGACUGUAGCUUUAGGCUAGAAGGAAUCUAGACCAGCUUCCUUGUUUUACAAAUGAGGAAACUGAGGCCCAGAAAGAUUUGCACAAGUGUUAAAGAUCAUUACCCAAUGCUCCCUCCUCUGUUACCCUGCAGAAUUGACAAAGUUGACUCUGUCUGGCUCCACUGUUGGGGAGUUGGACCAAUCUUGGUGUUCAGGAAAAGUUUUCAGCUCACUUUGCCUGGAAAAGUCCAAAUGUGGCCCAUUUUCUUUAUAAUACUCUUUGAGUUCAUGGAAGAUCACUGGAAGGCACCCUACCCUCUCUUUAUGCCCUGGUUCUGACACUUUCUCGCUGAUUGCUGGAACUAGGGUCAGUAACUAUACCAUUUGGCCUUGGGUAUUUCUUUUUCACAGUGGCCAAAGCCAGAUAGGGAAGAGUCCCCCAGGGGACACACGGACCCUCUGCAGUUGGCCAUGAUAUUGAGCAUCAUGAUGCCAAUGAGCCAGUGCAUGAAGCUUUUUAAAAGGGUGGCACUUAGCCUCAAGCAAAGUCUCAAUUUCACCAGGGAAAAUAGAUAUCUUUGAAGGAGGGACUUUGAAGGCCAGGCUGAGGAGUGUGAAUAAGAAGCCAACCCUGAGGAGUGUGAAUGAGAAGCCCUCUCGCAGCUGCGGUUUCAGGUUUCUCCAUUGACAUCAACUCAAUUUCCAAACUCUGAAGCUUUAAAAUUUAAAAUUUUCUAUUGUUCACUAACUCCCUUCUUCAAAAUGACCUGCUAAUCCCUUCACUGUGACCUUCCAAAUGAAUACAUAAUGGAGACUCAGAACUUCCCAUAUUCCGACUUUCAGAUUUGGCCAGCUAACACAAGCCCAUGGAUCUCCUUAUGUAUCUAACCUGACCAUCUAUACUCUUGGACAUCACCAGAGACUGAUAACAGGGAAAAGCUGAGAUAUGCAGGGGGCUGUAACUUAAAAGUAUAGAAUUUUACUUGGGGGGGAAAAGGUCUUCAUUAUAUGAACAUAUAAUGCCUUAAAGAAGCCAAAGGAAUGUAAAUGAAAAACUAAGUUAUGUUUUUGUUAUCACAUGGAAUAUUUUGCAAGCAACUGACUGAUGUACCAAAAGACAGAGAUAAAGACACUUCUCUGGAAGAAAAGUAUAAGCUGAGUUUGGGGCAGGAGGAACCCUUAAGGACAGAGUCCUUAUCCCUAUUUAUAUUUCUCAGUGUUUUCUACAUAAAAAGUACCAAAUAGAUAUUUGCUGAUUAAUGCCAGGGCUGGUCAUGUAAGACUUUUUUUUUUUAAACAAAUGAUCUGAUGAAAGAAACUCCCAAGUAACUACAAAAUACAUAAAAUAAUUGGUAUAUAACAUAACACUCUAUAUGGCUAAGGACAAAUAAUUGAAGAGUUAGUUCAUCAUUGGACCAUUCCAAUAUAAUAAAAAUUCUACUUAGAUUACAGAUUUAAUGCAAUUCCAAUCAACUCAAAAAGGCUCAUCUUUGAUGAAGUCCAAUAACCAACCUUGGACAGAUUGUGCCGUCAUCUCGAUCGAGAGAUUGGGGACUCUGGGCUUGGAACGUUGCCUAUGUGCUGUGUUGUUUGGUUUUGCUGAUCUAGUUUUUCUGUUGUGGUUGUUCCCCUAUCAGGGAGAGGGGAAGGGGGAAUGUGAGAGCCCAGAGUGGGAAUAGGGGAGAGAGCCUGAGAGCUGGAAUCAAACACUGACCUAAUCCAGGCAACUUGAACAAGCAGCUACCCUCUCCUCCAAGAGGAAAAGUAAUGGAAGGGGGGAAUUUCAGAGGAAGAAUAGUGGGAAAUAACAUGGAAAAAGCCAAAGGAACUGAUAAAACUUAAAAGGGAAACCCAGCAACACAUGGAUGCAACUACGAUAAUGUGAAUUGAAGUAAAUGUUUUGGUAGAGAGAGGCCCCGACAAAAUCUCAAAGCUAGUAGAAAACAUUCUAGCUAGUGAAAUGCCAAACCCAAGUGGAAAACUACAGAAAGAAUUUGAAAUGCUCUGUGUGUAAACUGAGAAGUAACAAAUGAGAUUCAAUGCAGGCCAGAAUAAGAUAAUAGCCAACUACCAUUAUCUUGCUCUGUCUUUGAGCAAGUCAAAACAUUUUAUUUUAGGUCAUGUUUCUUUACCUGAACAAAGGAGUUGUAGAUCUUCCAAACCUGUACUCUGCUGAUGGACUCAACCUUUAUUCAGAAAUGAACUUAAUGUUAACGA